AUGCUGUGGGAGAGUACCUGCAAGCAACCAAGCAACCACGCAAACAACCAUGGUUUGGCGCUGUAUACUUUUUCCUGCUGGUCUGUUCCACUCGUUGUCCUUGAUGUUGUACCUUCAUCUUGGGCCUCAUCUGCAUCACGCUGGCCCCGGCCAGCCAAACCACCAGACUCUCUCCCUCUCUCCAGUAGCCACUUCUGCAUUCCUUUUCACCUUCCUUCUUCAUCGCCAGCAGAUGAGCAUGGAUCUAUGCAACCUGAUCACAACAAACUUGACAAACGCACGCUUUGCAUGGGAUGGGAUGUGAUCAACAACGUCGUUGACACUCGUGGAAGUCCAAGAGGUGCUCUCAUUGCCUUUGCCGUGUUUGCCUUAGUUGUCGCCGGUCGCUUUGGUUGUUUCUGCACUCUGGUUACAAUGCAGCAAAUUUGA